AUGACGAGACAAGAGGCGCAUGCCAUCAUCGGCCAACUGCAGGAGCAAGAGUUCCCACAUGCCUUCAACAAGGCUCGCAAGAUCGCCCUGAUCAAGAGCCAGAACAACAAGCGGAACUCGGAGAAGCGCUAUGUGCUCUCGGAAUAUUUCAUAAAAGUCUAG